AUGGAUCGACCACCCCAAAGACCCAUCAAGCGUCUUUUGAUUGCCAAUCGAGGAGAAAUAGCAACUCGCAUCAUCUCCACAGCCCGAGAACUCGACAUUGAAACGUACGCCAUCUACACUUCUGGAGAUGAAACGCAUGCUGUACGAGCAGCCCAUGCAAUUCGGCUUGAGUCUGCAGCAACAUUUAUGAGCACCGAUAAACUCAUUGAAGCCAUCAAACACCACCAAAUUGACGCGGUGCACCCUGGAUACGGUUUUCUUUCAGAGUCGGAAGAAUUUUGCAAAAGAGUGUGGGAUGAAGCAGGUGCAGUGGUUGUUGGUCCUGGGUGGGGUAUUCUAAGUAAUACUGGGGAUAAGCUUAAAGCCAGACAGCUUGCUGAGGCGUGCAACGUCCCGAUAUCUCCAGCACUUGAGAAACCCACCAACAAAGUCGAAGAUGUCCAGAAGUUUGCCUCAAGAGUCGGCUAUCCUAUCAUGGUUAAGGCUGUAGAUGGAGGCGGCGGUCGUGGUAUCAGAUUGAUUCGAAAUGAAGAGGAACUCGCUUCUUCGGUGAAACGAGCAGUCGAAGAGAGUCCAUCAAAGAGCGUCUUCGCCGAAAAAGCAGCAGUGGACGGCUUCCGCCACGUCGAAGUCCAAAUCAUCGGCGAUGGCACAGGUAACGUAACACACCUCUGGGAACGCGAAUGCAGCAUCCAGCGCCGCUAUCAAAAAGUCGUCGAAUUCGCCCCCAGCCUCGUCCCCAACCGCCCUCUCAUUGCAAAAAUAAUCGAAGACGCCCUGAAAAUGGCUCGACACAUAUCCUACUUCUCUCUCGGCACGUUCGAAUUUCUCGUGCACCCCACCACGCAACUCUACUACUUCCUCGAAGUAAACCCGCGCCUCCAAGUCGAACACACAAUCACCGAGGCCCUCUCAACCACGGACAUUGUAAAGUCCCAACUCCUCCUCUCCCAAGGUGCCACACUCUCCACCUGCGGUUUACCCUUGACCACGCGCUCCCCCUCCACACCGCCCACCGCGCACUCAAUCCAGUUGCGCAUCACAGCCGAAAACACGCAAUCAAACUGGUCCCUUUCCAUCGGCAAAAUCUCCUCCUUCAACUUCCCCGUUGGAAACGGUAUAAGAAUCGAUACGCACCUGCUCGCCAAUCGUCCCAGCAUCGUAAGCGCCGAUUUCGACAGCUUGAUAGCCAAAGUCGUCGUCACAGCGUCUUCGUGGGCGGAUGCGGUAAGAAAGGCGCGGAGAGCGCUAGAUGAGACGUAUAUUGCGGGUGUAAAGACGAAUAUCGAUAUGCUCAAGGCGAUAAUGGCGCAUCCGGAUUUUCUAGCGGGACAAUGCGACACGCAGUGGUUGGAGGGACGACAGGAGGAACUGACGCAGCAGAGCCAAGCUUUCGCUGCGAAGGAGCAGGCAAAUGGACUUGAUGUGGGAACUGCGGCGGCAGGAGCGGCGACUGGGGCUGUUGCUGCGCCGAAUACGCUGUUUAGGAAGGGAGAUGCGUGGGCGCUUGCGCUGGAAUCUAAAGAGAAGAAUGAUGCAGUGCAGAGUCAUCUGGAAAUCACGCGUGUGCUAAGGAAUGAUUUCCCGGCUUCGCUGACGGCGGAUGUAUUGUUUACUACGGCGGGGGCGGAGGGUCCAAAGUCAGUGCCGUAUACGAUUACGUUGGCGGCUACGUCUGCUAGUGCGGCUGCGGCGACUGCACAGCAUCGAAGGGGGAAUGUGGCGGAUGCGUCGCAUGUUGUUAUUCCUUUCCCUGGGAAGCUGGUAGAGGUACUGGUGGAUGAGGGGGAUGUGGUUAAGGAAGGGGAUGUGAUUUGUGUUGUGCAGCAGAUGAAGAUGGAGUUGGAAGUCAGGACUCAUCGACGAGGACGGGUAAGUUGGGUGUUGGAAGUGGAGGACGGGGAGGAUGUGGGCGAGGGGACGUUGGCGGCCGUUGUUGAGGUUGAGAAAGAUGCACGGUUGUAA